AUGACUUCUACUACUAGACCGACGGAGAAGGAAGAUCUUCUGAUUUGCGAUGAGAUCUCUCGAGGUUGUAAUAUUGGUAUAAGGAAGCCCAUAAAGGCUUCCGGUCUCUGGCCCUCUGAUAAAGGUCCCAAAUAUACCGGUUAUGAGCUUGCUUUGUGGGCCGCUGACUCAUGGAAGAAUUACAAGUCCUGUGAAGAAGCCAUUGAUAGAGUCCAGCAAAGUCUGGAUAAGGAGGUCUCCCUCGGACAUAUGACAACUCUUCCAGAAAUAGCUGAAGAUUCCGUUUGCACCAAGAUUGCCUGUGUUGUGAAACCAUCUGACGAUCUCGGAUGGAUCGUACCCAAAAGUAAAGCAUCUGAGAUAACGGCUAAGAUCCUUCUUAUCUAUUCAGCCCUUGGUCUGGACAUAGCUUUUGAUAAGCUUCGUGUAUCAUGCACACCUCAUAAUCUGGGGUUCGAGUGGGAUCUAAAGUCUCGCUCAGUGCGUGUACCUGAGGAGAAACGCCUCGCUCUCUUAAAACAGUUGAACUCUUUCGUCUCUGCCCCCGGUAGACGGGUAGCGGUACCUCAGGUGGAGCAGUUAACGGGAAGGCUCACCUGGCUGAUGCAAAUUACUCCGCGACUGAAAGCGGCCAUGGCCCCCUUUUACGCCUUACAAGCAGCGGCGAGGAAGCAUGCACUCCGAUAUGUUACUCUGGGGGACCAGAUCUGUCACAGCGCUCAGCUGUAUCUGCGUGUACUUUCAUCUCCACGUCUGUCGGGGACGACUGCCUCUCAGUUGCUCGGCUGGGUAGCCAAGAAGGAUGAUCUUUGCUCAGUCGUCGUAACAGACGCGUCACUAUCAGGUAUUGGUGGGGUAGUCUUCGACUUGGAUUCGUCCACGACGAUCCCCAGGGCCUUGAAUGUUGAAUGGUUCUGUACGAAGUAUUCUUCGUCACCAGAGUUGUCACAAUUCACCACUACAAACCCACCAAGCAGUGCUGAUAUAUGUUCCCUAGAGCUGAUAGCUGCUGGUGUGGCCACAACAAAGGCGCUUGAAAGGAAUCCAGAGCUGGUUCUCGUCCUUUCUGAUAAUACGCCCACUGUACAUGCCCUACGACGGAACUCUGCGAGAGCUCAGUCUAUGAGGUUGAUUUUGAGAGCCUUCAACACGCUUUGGCCAAUAGGUGGUUUUGUGGUCACAGCAUAUCAUAUCCGUGGAGACAAUAACAGCCUGGCUGAUUUCUUGUCCAGGAAUGACAGGCAGACUAUUCUUUGCUCCGUACGAAGUCUGGGUAUAGAAUUCGACGCGGUUCCUAUACUGCGCACCUUCCAAACGGCUCUAAUCUGA